UCCAUGCAGGUUGACAGCUCCAGUACUGAUCAGUGGCCUGUCGAGGCUCUACCUCUCUCAUCAUUCUCUUAAUUCCCAGUAACAUUCUCAGUUUCUUUGGUAUUAUAUAUUGCAGCUAAUAACGUCUGAUCAAGAAUGGAAAAGUACUGCUUGAAUGUUGCUGGGGAUGGAGGGAGCAAAUUACCACCUGGAUUUCGAUUCCAGCCCACCGACCAAGAGAUCGUCUUUCAGUACUUGGCACGUAAAACUUUUUCCCAUCCAUUGCCUCCUCUACUUAUUCCAGAGAUCGACGUUUCCACCUUCGAUCCUUGGGAACUUCCAGGUAAUUCCGACCAAGACAAGUACUUUUUUAGCAAUAAGGAGGGCAACACAAGACGGAACGGUGAUAGAAUCAGCAGAGGGACUUGUUCUGGUCACUGGAAGGCCACCGGUUCGACCAAACGGAUAAUUUGCCCGAAAAGGAUGCCGAUAGUCGGGAUCAGAAAAUCCCUGGUCUUUUACAAGGGAAAGAAUCCUCUUGCUUGUAGGACUGAUUGGAUCAUGCAUGAGUACUUCAUCGCUCUUUCUGGACAUAUGGAUUGUGAUAUGCAACAGAAAAAGAACUCUCAGGGUUCAUUGGUUCGAAUAGGGAAUUGGAGUUUGUGCCGUGUAUUUUUGAAGAAAAGAAUUAGCAGCACAGCAGAAGAAGUGGAAGAGAAUUACGAUGGUUAUAAUCCUAGGAAGUAUGAUCAUUUCAUUACAGGGGCAGAUGAUGAUGUAACUAGCGACACAGAUUCUUGUUCUGCCUCAUCAUCAUCAUCCUCCUCUCCUCCACACUAGGUCUCUUCCACUUCCUACAACAUUUAAAUGUAAUUAUGGACCAUUGAUCAACUACUAAUGUAGUUUUUUGAGUUAUAUGUUUGAAUCAAAUUAAAGAGUGAUCAUUUUAGUGUAA